GGCCUGCCGAACAAUAACUCCACCACCUGACGAAGGCGAGAGAUUGUGCUGGCAUAUCAAUAGGCGCAUACUGAGCCGUAUCCUAAUUCCGCAGAGCAUCUUCUACACCCCGGCGCUCCGAACUCGUAUUAUUCUGCUUGCGAAACGCCAGCUUCCAAGUCCAGCAGCAGAGGCAGCACCUGGACCUUCUCAAGGACGCACAUUCCUAUUACCGCCAGUGAAUCUCACCGCAUCGCACCUUCCCUUACAGUGCUCAGCGCAGCUACUAAACAAUCAUGGAUCUCGGCCAUGACAUGCUGGUCGACUCGGACUAUGACGAGAAGCAGCAAGAUGUAGCAAUCAUCUCACCCGAAGACGACUCGAUGGAGGAGCCUGCCGUUCAGGAGCCUCGUGCCGACGACUAUGCUGCCAUGCGCGCUCGCUUCAUGCCUGAGGACCCCGACCUCGAAAUCGAAUCCGAAACAACCUUCACAUGGGACAUUAAAGAUUGGCGUACAAUGGCGCGCAGAAACCACAGCCCGACCUUCUACACUGGCGAUCACCCCUGGAAAGUCCUCUUCUUCCCUGCCGGCAACAACGCAAACGAGUCAGUCAGCUUCUACCUCGAACAAGGCUACAGCGAAGAGGACAAGCCCCCGACAGACUGGUAUGCCUGCGCUCGCUUCAUGCUGGUCUUGUGGAACCCGAACGACCCUUCCAUCUACCUACACCACGAGGCACAACAUCGCUUCAACCAAGAGGAGGGUGAUUGGGGCUUUACACGCUUCGCCGAGAAGAACAGAGUGUUUGCUACCCGUUUUGACGACAAGGACCGCCCUUUGGUGGAAAACGAUUCUGCAAAAUUGACGGCCUAUGUACGAGUGCUCAAAGAUCCGACCGGAGUCCUCUGGCACAACUUUGUCAACUACGAUUCCAAGAAAGAGACCGGCAUGGUGGGUCUACGCAACCAGGGCGCCACUUGCUAUUUGAACUCAUUGCUACAAUCUCUCUUCUUUACAAAUGCUUUCCGCAAGGCUGUAUACCAAAUACCCACCGAGAACGAAACAGACGCACGGAAUAGCAGCGCAUGGGCCCUGCAACGUCUGUUCUACAAGCUACAAACAGAUCCUGUGGCAGUCUCAACCAUGGAGCUCACCCAGUCUUUCGGUUGGGAGUCUCGCCAGGUCUUCGAGCAGCAGGAUGUCCAAGAACUUUCUCGCAUUCUGAUGGACAAGUUGGAAGAGAAGAUGAAGGGUACCGAAGCUGCAAACGUGCUUGCCGACAUGUUCGUCGGCAAGAUGAAGACUUAUCUCCGCUGCAUCGACGUCGACUACGAGAGUUCUCGUGUCGAAGACUUCUGGGAUCUACAACUCAACGUCAGCGGCUGCAAAACUCUCGACGACAGUUUCCGCGAUUACAUUCAGGUCGAGACCCUGGAGGGUGACAACAAGUACGCAGCUGAAGGCUAUGGAUUGCAAGACGCAAAGAAGGGCGUCAUCUUCGAGAGCUUCCCACAAGUCCUGCAUCUCCAACUCAAGCGCUUUGAGUACGACUUUGUGAGAGACGCCAUGGUUAAGGUCAACGAUCGCUACGAGUUCCCCGAGAUUUGGGACGCUUCGCCUUAUCUUUCCGAAACAGCCGACCGCUCAGAGCCUUACAUCUACCGUCUCCAUGGCGUGCUCGUACACAGUGGUGACAUGAACGCUGGCCAUUACUAUGCUUUCCUGAAGCCCACGAAGGACAGCCCAUUCUUCAAGUUCGAUGACGAUCGCGUCACUCGUGCUACACCCAGAGAAGCCAUGGAUGAGAACUUUGGUGGCGAUUACGCUCCUACUGGACCUAACGGCGCCACAAAGAUGCAGAACCCCUUCACUCGUCAAUGGUCGACCAAGCGUUCCAUGAGCGCUUACAUGCUUGUCUACAUCCGUGAAAGCCGCAUUGACCAAAUCCUGGGAGAUAGCGAUAGCAUUCAACCCCCAACUCAUCUACCCGGCCGCCUUGCCGAAGAGCGCGCUGCACUGGAACGUAAGCGUAAGGAGCGCGAAGAAGCCCACCUAUACAUGAAUGUCCAAGUCGCAACAGAAAGCAAUUUCCGCUCAUACCAAGGCUUUGAUCUGGUUGACUGGAAAUCGACAGAUCAGGAAGAGGCUGUUGCUCCCAAAGUCAUGCGAUGCAAGAAGGCUAUGACCCUCAGCGAAUUCAACGAACAGGUUGCAGGUGAGAUUGGAACUGAUGCUGAUCUCAUCCGUCCCUGGGUCAUGGUAAACCGUCAGAAUGGUACUGUCAGACCUGACCACCCUCUUAACUACGCAACCAUGACACUUGAAGAAGCCAAUGCAAAGUUCUCUACCAGAGCAGCAUCAUUCCGUCUCUUCAUCGAACAGACCACUCGUGGCGAGGAUGGAAAGCCUGUUUGGGAUACCAACGUCACACCAUCAUCACCUCCCGCUCAGGAGCAGAAGCCUAUCAUUGUAUUCCUCAAGCAAUUCGACCACGAAACUCAGACCCUCAAGGGUGUAGGCCAUACUUACAUGCUCCAAAGUCAGAAGGUUCAAGAUCUUGCAGAACCGAUUCUGAAGCUCAUGGGAUGGGAAGCUGGCACAUCACUGAAGCUCUUCGAAGAGAUUAAGCAGAACUUCAUCGACGUCAUGAAGCCCAAGCAGACUUUAGGGCAGUCUGAGAUUCAAGACGGUGACAUUGUCUGCUUCCAGAAGGUCAUGUCCCCAGAGGAGUUGCAAGCUUUCCAACAGAACCAUCCCUCUGCUUACAUUGACGCCAUCUCCUUCUACGACUAUCUCUUGAACCGCAUUCGCGUAUUCUUCGGACCCCGUCCCGGAGCACCACAGAGCAUUCCUCUUGAACAGGGAUCAGAAGAGUUUGAGGUCUUCCUCUCAAGAAAGGAUAGCUACGACACAUUGGCAGCCAAGACAGCCCAACACCUUUCUGCGAUAUCGAAGACCGAAGUCGACCCAACCCAUCUUCGAUUCACUACUGUCAACGCACAAAGUGGCAAGCCUCGUGGUCCGGUCAAGCGUACUCCCACAACCACAGUCCACACCAUCCUCGCUGGAGUUGGUGCCGGCGGAUAUGGCAAUGGCUACGGUUACAGCAACCAGUCCCCCGAUACCUUGUACUAUGAAGUUCUGGAGAUGAGCUUAUCGGACCUCGAACAACGCAAGACUGUCAAGGUUACAUGGCUGCCCGAAGGUGUUACCAAGGAGGAGACUUACGACUGUCUUGUCCCGAAGAUCGGACUCUUCGAAGACGUUCUUCCUGUUCUGCAGAGAAAGGCAAAGCUACCAGACGAGAUUAUCGAACAGAUUCGCUUCUAUGAAGCCCAUUCUGGCAAAGUGUAUAAGAACCUCGGCUUGGAAACACCUGUUUCAACACUGAAUGAGUUCAUGCAAGUCUACGCAGAGCGUCUACCAGAGGAAGAACGAGAGGCCGAGAAGGACACACUUUCUCUGAUCGGAUGCUUCCAUUACGACAAAGAGCCUGCCAAGCCGCACGGUGUGCCUUUCAUCUUCAACGUCAAGGAUGGCGAGAUAUUCAAGGAGACCAAGGAAAGACUAUCGAAGCGCACAGGCAUCAAGGGCAAGCAAUUUGAGAAGAUCAAGUUUGCAGUCAUCCCAAGCGGGAGCUACUCAAGACCUAGACCCAUUGAAGAUGAUGACAUCCUCUCGGAAAUGUUCGGCGACGGCGACCAGCUCGGCCUGGAUCACGUCAACAAGGCGCGCAAUGCAUGGCUCAAGUACGAGAGCUUGAACAUCCGAUAGAUGAAGAAGAAUUGAGGUACAGGAGUUUCCAAGGCCAGCAUUGUAAGCAUGCAGUCCCAUGAGGGAAAUGCAACAAGCACGAAUGUGUGCAGAAGGGUGGUACACGAACAGCAGCUAUGAUUGGAGAAGUUAGAUUGCUUGGUUUGACAGAGACAACCAGGCUUUCGGCUUCCUGCCAAAGGUUAGCGCAAGGAAAAGGAUACAGUGACAACCUUGAUGGUCGUGUUGAUGAAAGACACGAAUAAGUAGACAUGAGAGAAUGCAAACAUGAUUAAGCAAGUA